AUGGCUUCGACUCAUGAGGAAUAUACUGCUCCUCAGGGAACACUGGUGAAGCCCUACUACUGGCUUCACUUCACUGAAAACUGUUUGAAGUGCCCAUAUCACAUCAAAACAGGAGAAGAAGCACGUGUGUCAUACAUGGAAUUCUAUGAAUCAUUUGGGUUUCCUUAUGCUCAGCCACAGAGUGGGAGUCAUCUGCUUUUUUAUGAACUGAAGUUAUCAUCAGGUACCUUAGUGCAAAAAGGACAAGUAUCCAGUUGUACUUUACACCAGCUGCAUCCAGAAUCAAUGUUCUUCGAUACCGAUGGUUAUCUGGAUGCACUCAUGUAUUCAUAUGAAAACAUUGCUUAUAUUACCAUAUAUUCUAAUUACACCCCAUGCAAUGAAAGAGCCCAAUAUUGCAUAAGCAAAAUGUAUGAUUUUUUAAUAAAUUAUCCAAGCACGAGAUUAGACAUCUAUUUUUCUGCACUUUAUCAUACUGACGAUUCCAACAUUGAAUCAGGAUGGAACAAGAAAGCUCUCCAUUACUUAGCAGCAUUCUGGCCUAGGGUAACCAUCAACCCAAUCAGUAAUUGGACAUGGCUGAAUAUUCUUCACCGAUUUGUGAAUGGGGUGCCUUGGACAGUACUUUAUAACCCAGUUUUACCCGAGAGAGCCCAUGCUGAUCUCAUCAAUGCCCAUCAGAUUGCUACCAUCACUGGUGUGAACCCUUCCUACAUUGAUAUCAUACCUCAGAAACCAGUUCAGGUCACACCACGUAUGCAGCAACAUUUUAAUCCAGAAGGCGUGAACGUGUACAAGUCUCCACAAGCAUCACUUCCCACUAUAAACAAAAUGCCAUUAAUGGCUCAGUAUCAGCCUUAUAUGAAUCUUCCAAACCUACCAGCAUUUCACUGGUCAAUGUACCCUCUGCAACCACAGAAGACCAAGCUAAAAAAUGUAGUGAGACACCUGAACAUGCCCAACAAAGAGUGGGAGAAACCUACAACCCCAUCACCUCACAACGUGCAAGUAACUGAAGUAGUGGAAAUACUUGAAGCUCCUGCAACAAAGAAGUCAGGCAAUUCAAACAGACAGGGGAAGAGCAGCAAAAGGACUAAAUCUACGAGGAAAUAG